CUCAAGACAUCCUCUCCGUCAACAAAAAGAUUCAUCAUGGGUCGUAUGCACGCUCCUGGCAAGGGCAUUUCGUCCUCUGCCCUUCCUUACAAACGUUCCCCUCCUUCGUGGCUCAAGACUACUCCAGAUGAAGUUGUCGAGCACAUCAUGAAAUUGGCUCGCAAGGGUCUCACUCCCUCUCAAAUCGGUGUUACCCUCCGUGACUCGCAUGGUAUCCCUCAAGUGCGCUUCGUCACUGGUAACAAAAUCCUCCGUAUCCUCAAAUCCAACGGAGUGGCACCAUCCAUCCCAGAGGACCUUUGGCACCUCGUCAAAAAGGCGGUGGCCGUGCGCAAGCACCUUGAAGUCAACCGCAAAGACAAGGACUCCAAGUUCCGUCUUAUCUUGAUCGAGUCUCGUAUUCACCGUCUUGCUCGCUACUACAAGACAAAGCAGCAGCUCCCUCCUACAUUCAAGUAUGACUCGGCUACUGCUUCUACUUUGAUUGCGUGAACGGUAGUAGGCUUUGGCGGAUAGUAGCUGUUGGGGCAGAUUAUAUCUCUAUUCUUGUCGUACAAUCCCCCCACUGAUAUCAUGCAAAAAAUAGGCUUAUGCAGAACUAUGUGCAAAUAUCCGUUCUCGUGAUCAUCCCUAUCACUCACCAGCUGUUACAUUUCCGACCAGCUAGUCGACGAACGCUUGGCGGUAUUCAUCCCUGAGUGUUUUCAAACGCGGUUCUUC